UCAAGGUACUCAAGGUCGACCAACUUAUUUCUGCCUUCUCCCAACCAGCCUGCUUGAAUCUCCUCCUCGAAUUCCGGAUGUUUCCAGUUAGCCAGCUCCGCUUCCCAACGAGUCUCGCGACCGACUCUCAGAACCAGCUCUCGGAGUAUUUGGCAGCACACAGAGUGGUGCUUGCGACCCUUCAAUCGCAGCCCCAAUUGCACCAAGUUGCACCAACCACCCUGCAGCAUCCGACGACGAUGAAAGGAAAAAGUGGAACCAAGCGCAUUAUAGACUGCAUCAGCACCGAAAGCAGCAGCAUCUCAGGAAAUGCUGGGCCUCUGAUUUCUCGGCCUCAAUUAUCCAAGCGCCCUUGCGGCAACACCAGACAAGCACCGCCUCGCGAAACGCCCUCCGCGGAGUGCGCGGAGCAACCCGCGGCGCCUGCAUCGAGUUCCGCCUCGUCGCACUCUCAACCGCUCGCGAGCUCUCCCUGCGCCCGGAGCCCCUCUGCGGGGAGUGACUGUCGCGGCGUGGAGGCGUCUGAGCCUCUGGUGUUGCCCGAGGCGUGCUGCUCGUGGAUGUGCUCGUACUUCUCAGUCCCCUGCCGCCGACGCUCGCGCUUCUCUGCGCGCGGCACGAGAGUUGCAUCAGCCGCACGUGUCGAGUGCUCCAGGGCGUCAGCCUCGAGCCAGCCGGAUGAUUCCUCUUGCUCUGCCAACCGGGAUUGUGUUUCCCAGCAAGAACCUUGUCCGAGCCAUGACAGCCUCCCCCUAGACUUCAUGGAUUCUCUCUCGAAGCGGGGCCUCGCGAUAGAAUGCAGAGAGGACCCCGUUCCCAGCCUGGACCUCACCCUCCAUUUGUGAUUUCUAUGGCGUAGCUCUCAGCCGUUGUACAACGUUGUGAUAUGUUGUGAAUAAACCCCCCAGCGUUUU